UGUUAUUGUUUUUGGCCAACGAUAACAGCUGGUCAGCAGAACAUACAACACUAGUGCCAAGCCUCUGACCGAGAAUGCAAGAUGGCGAAUGCGGAGAGUGAUGGAAGGGCUAUCUCUGAGAAGAGGACACAAGCGUUUGUCUCACUUGGCUUCAAAAAGGCAAUUUGCAAAGGACUCUGUGGAAAGUAUGCGAGCACAGAAGUCAACAACAGGUUGGAAGUUACUUUAAUUUAUACAGUAAUAGCCCACUGUAAUGAA